CGAAAAGUCUGAAUAAGCUAAAAUAUUCGUUUAUUCUUCAUCUAUAGUUCUAUACUAUCUCUCAGAAUUAAAAUUGCCUUACUCAAAGCCGUUUAUGGAAGAAAAUCAAAGCGAAGAGGGAGAAACAGAAAAACACCAACAUCACCAUCACUCUCUUCUUCCUUUCUUUCUUUCUCAUCGCAUUUUCAAUGUUCAACCAUUAUUAUAUUAUUAUUAUUAGCUAUUAAUUUAUUGUAUUAUAUAUUAAUCUCCGGUUAAAUAUGGGUAAGAAGAGCAAGGGCCUCUUCUCCUUUCGCCGGCGGUCUAAGAAAUCCGCCGUGCCGACUCAUUCUCCGCCGCAUCCUACGGCGGUUGAAAUUAUCGGUUCACCUUCGGAUAACCGAUUGGUUACAAAAGUAAAGAAAAAAACCGGUGGAGCUAGGUUAUGGAUGCGGUUCGACCGUUCAGGCAAGUCGGAGCUCGUGGAGUGGGAGAAAAAUACGAUCAUCCGCCAUGCCGCAAUUCCUGCCAGAGACCUAAGGAUUCUAGGUCCUGUAUUCUCCCAUUCAUCCAAUAUCCUCGCGAGAGACAAAGCGAUGGUGGUUAAUUUGGAGUUUAUAAAAGCAAUAGUAACAGCUGAAGAAAUUUUAUUGCUUGAUCCUUUACGGCAAGAGGUUCUUCCGUUUGUUGAACAAUUGAGGCUACAGCUUCCUCACAAGACUCAGCCCAAACUUCUUGGUGGUGGUGGUGAUGAACAAGAGUUGCCUGUUCCUGAGGGUGGUGAAGGUUUACCUUCCGAGCUUCCGCUUCCGUUUGAGUUUCAAGUGUUGGAGGUUGCUUUGGAAGUUGUGUGUACAUAUCUGGAUUCCAAUGUUGCUGACCUUGAGAGAGGUGCUUAUCCUGUGUUGGAUGAAUUGGCUAGGAAUGUUAGUACCAAGAAUCUUGAACAUGUUAGAAGCUUGAAGAGUAAUCUUACUCGAUUGCUUGCUCGUGUACAGAAGGUGCGAGAUGAAAUUGAACAUCUAUUAGAUGACAAUGAAGACAUGGCUCAACUAUAUUUGACAAGGAAGUGGUUGCAAAAUCAACAAUUCGAGGCUCAAUUGGGAGCCACAACCUCGAAUAACCUUUCAAUUGUUCGACGAUUUAAUUCUACUAGAAGUGGAAGUCUUAUGACUAGCAACGAUGAUAAUGAUGUGGAGGACUUGGAGAUGUUGCUUGAAGCAUAUUUUAUGCAGUUGGAUGGAACUCGUAACAAGAUAUUGUCUGUUAGGGAGUAUAUUGAUGACACUGAAGACUAUGUCAACAUCCAACUUGAUAACCAUAGGAAUGAGCUUAUCCAACUGCAGUUGACAUUGACAAUUGCAUCAUUUGCUAUUGCUAUUGAGACAUUGAUAGCUGGUGCAUUUGGUAUGAACAUUCCAUGUUCAUUGUACGAUAAAAAUGGAAUAUUUUGGCCGAUUGUUGGGACUAUGACUGCUGUUUCCAUAUUGCUUUUCCUGCUUGUUUUAGCAUAUGCUAAAUGGAAAAAGUUACUGGGAUCGUAAGUCAUCGGUUUUGAUUUGUAGCAAAUGGCAAUAUGAAUCUUGGCAGUUAGUGAUUUGAUGAACAUACAGAAAUAAGAAGAAACCCUCAAACAAAGUUAAACUUAUGAAGGGUGUAUUUCAAAUUCUCAAAAUGUUAAUAGAUUGAUGACAGAAUGUCCCAAUAUUGCUCUUGACAUGGUGUGCUUCAUAGCUUCUUUUUGUUUAGUCGUCUUUUUUAACUUGUAUGAUAAUAAGGCCGGGUCAGUUUAUAUGUGCUCGACAAUUGUAUAUGAGUAGAGAUUAAGACUUAAAGAGUAUAUUUGCUACA